ACAAACUUACAACUUCACUCUUUACUCUCUAGAAUACGCGUGUUGUCUGCACUUGUAUCUUAUUUUAUUGUUCCUGAACUGUCCGCCAUAUUUGUCUGUCCGUGACUGGCGUGCUUGUGAUAUAAAAGAUUCAUUCAGUUUUACGCAGGUUUACUCAGAAAAAAAUAUUGGCAGAAUGGGGAGUGGAGGUACUCCUAUUAAAUUUGGUCCAGAGUGGCUAAGAAACUUGGGUGAAGGAACAAACCAGGGUACACCUCCCAGACAAAACAAUCAAAAUAAUCCUGGUGUAUCAGAACCACCUCAGGGGACUAAUAGCAGAGGACUAAAUAAUCUACAAUCAACUCGAACACCUAGCCGAGAUACUAUUGUUGGUACGUCAUCAGGUUCCACAACACAAUUGUCAACAGGCUCACAAAAUUAUCGGCAGAAUAAUGUAUCUAGAAUUCACCUAGCUAAUCUCAGAUAUGGAAGAGAGGAAAUGUUAGCACUUUAUGAUAGAGUGGUUGCGGCACCAGAACAAUUAAAGCAAUUUGAAUUAUUGUAUAAAUCAAGGGGAAAUGCACCAUGCGCUUUAAACAUUUUUAAAGAUGGUCAAAAUGUUCCUGUUGAAGGUGCUACUGGUGGUCAAAUUGGUGGGACUGGCCCAACAAGUUACGCUGGACGUGGUCGUGGGAAUGGGGUAGGGACAGUAUAUCCUAAGAAACCGACAACAGUGAGACCAAAUGCCACUAAUCUAGGAAGGGAUUGGAAUAAGGUAAGAACAGAGCCUGCACAGGGAGCCUCUGUGCCUCCAAACGAAGAGGUCAGGAGGUCUUGGAAUACAAGUAGUGCACCUAGAGCAACUAGACAAGCAACAACAGAACAAUCUGGUUGGGCAUCAACCAAAUUGUUCAGAAACAGGCGACCAAUACGAAGUACUAAUUGGAGACAAUCGGGCAGGGAGGAAGGGGAUGAAUGGCGGUCCCAAGAGCAUAACUCUAGAUUUCCCAAUCCUGAGCGGGAAUGGCCGGAAAGGUCGUCACAGGAAACACGUCAGUCUUGGAAUUCUAAUCGUCGUCCCUGGAACGAAGCUCCAAAUGACGAAAUACCAGAGUGGGCCAAUGAUAAUGCAGACGCGGGUGCUGGCACUUUCGAUUCGUCUGGAGCAUUUCAUGGAUGCAGUGAUGAACCUCGGCCACCAGAACAGACUUUCUCUGUAACGCGAAACCAAGAAGAGGCAGCUGAACAGUGGUGGUCAUCAGAAAAAGCUAAAAAGCUCUCUCCUAAACGAUUAACCUCUGAGAGGACACAGGGACAAGCCUCUACAUCUGACGACGCAAGCACUGAAACUGCUCCAACCAAUGAUUCGGAAGAUACAAUGACCGAGGGUGUACCGGAUAAUGAUGUCAAAACUAAAAAUUACGAUGCUACAAUGCGUCCAGAUAUCGAUGUCGACAACGAAAGUAACAAUCUUAGUAAUUUCCAAUCCGUUAUGAUUUCUCAAAACAACACUCUGCGUCAAAAACACCAGAAUAUUGUGACCUCAACUUGUUCUUCUUCUACAACGCAACAGCGCAGCUCAUAUGCUAUUUUCACCGAAAAUAGCAUUCGAGAAGCUGAGCAGCCAAAUAAUGUGCAACAAGAAAAAUUAUUUGAGGGGCCCGCAACUGAUAACAAUAUGCCUGUUAGAAAUAAUGCAAUACCGAACAAGCCUUGUGGGCCUCCUGUUGACAUGUCUGUAUUACCACCGGGGCAACCGGGACAGCAUGGAGGCCUAGUUAAUACACAAAUGCAAAUAGGACCUUCCACAACUGGUCUAGAAGCCCACAAUGCGCCAAGCACUACAAAUAUACCAAGCACAGGGCAAAAUAGUAUUGCAUCCCUAGGAUUACAAAAUUCAGCAUCAGGAACUACUUUAAAUAUACAGAAAAAAGAAAUGAUGAUGCCGCCCCUCCAUGGAUUACCACAAAUGAUGUCAAACACUGCAUUUAACCCAGGAAUGAAUAUGGCUAUGCCUAUGCCUAUGCCUGUGCCUAUGCCUAUGCCUACUAUGCAACACCAUUCAAAUAUGAUGGAUGCAUUUCAACAAAGCGUUCGUCCACAUGAUAUGACACAAUCCAAUCCUUCUGUGCCGUAUAUAGGGCAGAAUAAUAAUGUGCCAAUGGGUAACAAUCAUCCACCAAAUCCUGCACUGGGAGUCUGCAUGUUCCCGCCUCAAGGAAUUCCAAGACAUGCUGCCCAACCACCUCCACUAAAUUCAGUUUACGUUGGGCCGUCAGUUAUAAGUAAUGCUCAAAACUUUUUAGCCGAUUUGUGGUAUUACGAGGACCCAGAGAAAAAAAUACAAGGACCAUUUACAUCCCAAGAAAUGUGGAACUGGUACGUAGCUGGAUAUUUCCAGCCUUCCCUGAUUGUACGCAGAGCUUUUGAGAAUACGAUGCGCCCUCUAGCUGAUUAUGGACCGAUGCCAUUCUUCAAAGGGGGAAUGAACUCACAUGUUAAUUGCCCACGCGCGCCCGACGGAAUUAAUCCACAAGCCGGUUUUGGAUUAGGCGAGACGUCUCGUGUAUGGAGCCCGGCUCCACAUAAUCAAAAUGCAAUUUGGACGGAACCAAUGUUGUAUCCUGAAUCAAAUGUCAAUAACCUUCCGAGGCACUUCUGGGACGUCGAGCCGCCUGCAAUGCCUUCUAAAAGUAUUAUACUGCCUAAGGACAUGAAAACGGAAGAUGAGAUUUUAGCACAAAUUUUAAGUUCUCAAAAUAUACCAUUACCUGGGGUACCUCCCUCCGAAAAUAUGCCUCCUCUAAACAAUGUCCAUACAAUGAAUGCCAACGGCGGUUUUCCUAAACCACCCGUUGUUCCUGAUCUCUCACAGUUACCAGAUAUUCAACCAGAAAUGAUUCCUCGAUAUUCGCCGACUACAGUUGAGUCAAAGCCGGAAAGAAAAGAAUCAGAGCCUACAGUGAAUCCAGUACCAGUAGAACCCGAUGCCGAGAGUGCUAAAGUACCUCCUUCGAAAGGAGAAGUUAAGAUUUUAAAGCCUAUUAAAAACGAAACGGAUAAGAGUAAAAACAAAGAUGCUUAUAGUACAAAAACGAAAGCUAAAAAACCAAAAGAGGAAAUCAAGGAGAUAAAUGCUACACUUACUACUGAUGAAGUGGCAUCGAAGUCACUGGGAAAAAGAUCUGUUGAGUCAUCACCUUCGAAGGCAAGUAAGGAUGUCAAAGUUCUUAACAAGAAAGAGCUGGAAAAAGAAAAAAAGGAAUUAUUGAAGGAUGGUUUUACAAUUGUGAAAGGGGCUGAAAAAAAUAAUAACAAGGAGAUCAAAAAAAAGGUGGAAGAGGCCAAAGCUGUCGAAGAAGCUGCUCGUAAAAAAAAAGAAGAAGAAGCCGUGGUAGCAGCGGACGAAACCAGAAGGAUUGUUUUAGCGACAGCCAUCAAAAAGCAAGUAGAUCAGCAACAGCAGAAGCAAGUAGCAGACUCUGUCGCUAAGAAAGCUCCCUGGUCAGCAGUGGCCACUCAAGCAGCUGGUACAAGCAAAAGUGGUUUGACGUUAGCUGUAAUUCAAAGGCUGGAGCGGGAAAAGAAAUUGGAACAAAUAAAGGAACAACAGCAGAUGAUGCAGAUUAUUGCUCAGCAGCAGGCCGCAACAUUGGCCAGAGAACAGGAAGUGCAAGCCGGUCUUGGUUGGGCUACAAAGAAAAAUCCGAAUGCUACUUCACCAAACUUAGCUGAAAUUCAGUCAAAAACGAGGCGGCAGGCAGCAUCUUCGACCGCUACAUCAGAGGUUUUAGAGGAGAAAUCACAAUCAUCCCCUGUUGCGCCGAACCAUGUGCCUUGGGGAAGUAGCUCAAAUGGUGGUUUCUGGGAUUCCCCAAGUCAACGAAUGAAAUCAGAUCCAGAGAAAAGUGAAUCUAAACCAGUUGAGACUACAGUUAAAUCCAAAUCCCCAGUACGGGCAGAGCCUUUAAAGAAGAAAACGCCCGCUAUGGAGUUUGAUGCUUGGUGUACCCAGGCCUUAGGCGUAUGGAGUUCCAACAUUGAUGUGUCGACUUUCAUGGUUUUCCUCAAAGACAUAGAGUCGCCUUACGAAGUUAAGGAUUACGUCAAAUACUAUCUUGGCGAAUCCAGAGAGUCGAUCGACUUUUCUAGGCAAUUCCUUGAACGAAGGUCGAAAUUGCUGCGGGUCGGUAUGGUGACGCCAUCGGACGAUCUCUGUUCGCCAGCGCUUGCCAUCAAUCCUCGCAAUAAUUCAAUCUCCGACUAUCAAGAGGUUAAAGGUAAGGGUAAGAAAACAAAGAAGAACAAAAUGAUGAAAGUGGACGCUCGCAUACUGGGUUUCUCAGUUACGGCAUCCGAGGACCGCAUAAAUGUGGGCGAUAUUGAUACUGCAUGAGCCUUAAGAAACUCGCCCUGUGAUAAAUCUCAAGGCGAACUUUAGAUAGUAACUUAUGAAUGAGAUGUGUGAUCGGGCUAUGGUAUCCAUCGCCCGCCAUACUUGCAUUCUUUGUCCAAACCGAAUGGCUUCAUUCAUUUAUCUUUAUCUAUGUAAUGACGUUAUAACAAUUUUAAAUAAUAUAAUAGAACAAAUCUGCAAUAAUUUAGCUGAUGUUUUUAUAAAUGCAAAUAUUUAUUAUUUGAAAUACCUGUUUUCUAUUAUAUUGCAAUGUAUAUAUUUGUUUUAAUAAAAACAGUUACGUAUUGUGAUACACCUAGUCCUUUUAUGUUAUUUAAAAUUUUAAAACUGCAUUUGUAUCUGCUAUCAUGACUUUUAUUUCUUCUAACUGUAAAUGAAUUGAUUUCUAUAUAUUUCACAUUUAUUCAUGAAUUUUAGAAAAACUAUAUCAAUGAAAUUAUUCUGUAAAUAUUUUAUUCAUAUUUUACAAAGCUUUAUUUGAGCCUCUCGGUUUCGACAUUUUUUUAAUUGCAUGUUUUAUAAUUUCUAAACAUCAGCCCACGGCUCAUAGCCUUAAAAAAACGUGCCUUAUUGGCCAUUUUAAAUUAGGAUAUUUUUUAAUCUGCCUGGUAGCAUAAUUCUAUGCGUUCCUAAAAAUAAAGAAUAUUUAAUGUUACACCAUUUCCAAAAGUCAAUUUCAAUGUAAUAAAAAUAUAAUGUCUUCAUCCAUUGAUGUGGGUUAUCUUGUGGUUUAUUUCCUAAUAGCAAGACUCAUAGUUGUAGUUUUGUAAAUUGUAUUGUUAAUGGUCAUAAAAUAAUUUUAAGUGUUUUUAUUUUAUAAAAUGAUUUGUUUUAAAAUCGUUAUACUUAUUUAAAUAUACUUUGUUCUAGGACAUCUGCUUAAUAGAUAAUGAUUAUAAUUUUGAUAUAUUGUAUGGGCCUUAUAUAAAUAGUAAUGUUUGCCGCAUCUAAUAUGUUUUUAUUUGAUUAUAUGUAUGGAUAUGAACUUGUUCUGAUUAUUGUUUAAAGGCGUGGCCUAAAUAUUGUUUGAAAUCUAGUUAUCUUAAUUGUUAGGCUACUCUACGAUGGCAUUUUUAUAUCUUAGAAUAUUAAUAAAAGACCUUAUUAACACACUAUAAACCUGAAAUAGCUAUUGAACGUUUUUCGAUAUCAAUAUAGUCACUUGAUUGACACACAUGUUAAAAUAUUUUUUAACUAAUUUAGGUUUAUAGUAAGGUGUACAAUUACAAUUGUUGUAAAAUCUAACUUCAAUCGGAAGUUUUAAAUCGUAAAUUGUUUGUUAAAUUAUUCUACGCAUUGAUAACUUUUUUUCUAUUGUAUCAAAUGGCGGCACGUAAUGCUUAUUUGUUUACCUAGGAUUAAUAUUUUAAGCGCAAGGUCCUCACCUAACCUCUUUAAGAACAGACAAUCCAACCAUGAGAGCAUUUGUUUCUAAUGCCAUGGCUUGAUUACAGCGUAAUGAAAGUGCCAUCGGAGUACCGUUUUGUGCGAGUGAUGCGCCUAUAUAAGUGUUUAAUAGGCGAUUUAAGGGUGCUUAAGCUGUAAUAAUGCAAUAAAGCAAUAAAUCUGUCGGUUGCAGAUGCCCUGGUUGGCAUUAACUGUUAGGCACCUGCCGAUUCGUAAACUAACGAAGCAAUAAGUGUAUUUGAACAAGUUGUAACUCUGUGAAUGUUAAACUUCUCUGUUGCUAUAUUAAAUGUAAAUAUAAUAAAAAAUAAAGAGAUAAUAUAAAUAUUUA